AAAGCAGGCACGGAGGGCCGGCGGGGUACCUGCGGCAGGAUCGGGCCCCUGCGCUCCCCUGGCUGCCUGGAGGGACGGCGGCUCUGCUCGCCCGAGAGGUUUCUAAACGCCAGUGGCAACGAAGGCUGCAAUGUCGCUGGGGGGAAGCCAAGGCAUUAUCUCGGCCACCGAGAUCCUCAUUGUGGCUGCUGUCUUCUGCCUGGUCUUCCUGCUCAUCCAGUCCUUCAGGCAGCACGUCCCCAAGGGGCUGAAGAGACCCCCAGGACCAAGAGGCUACCCCAUCCUCGGCAACGUGCUGGAGCUGAGGAAGGACCCGCACCUGGCCCUGACCAAGCUGAGCCAGAAGUAUGGGGACGUGAUGGAGAUCAGGAUCGGCAGCGAGUCCGACUACCUGGUCACCAAGUGCCUGCAGGUGAUUGAAGAGGAGAAGAGCUUUGACCCUUACCGGUACCUGGUGAUCUCUGUGGCCAACGUCAUCUGUGCCAUGUGCUUUGGCAGGCGUUACGACCACAACGACCAAGAGCUGCUCAGCUUGGUAAACCUCAACAAUGAGUUUGGAGAGGUUGCUGCUGCUGGCAACCCUACUGACUUCAUCCCUGUGCUCCAGUAUCUUCCCAGCCGUGCCAUGAAAGCUUUUAAGGACCUCAACAGGCGAUUCAGCUCUUUCGUGCAAAAAAUCGUCCAGCAGCAUUACACUAGCUUUGAUAGGGAGCACAUCCGGGACAUCACGGACUCGCUGAUCGAGCACUGCCAGGAGACUAAGGCAGGGGAGAACACCGGUGUCCCGCUCUCCAGCAAGCAGAUCAUCAAUAUUGUCAACGACCUCUUUGGGGCAGGUUUUGACACUGUUACAACUGCCCUGUCCUGGAGUCUCAUGUACCUUGCCUUGUACCCUGACAUCCAGAAGAGGAUCCAGGAAGAAAUAGAUCACACCAUCGGCCAGGAGAGGCGACCGAGGCUGUCUGACCGAGGCACGCUGCCGCGCACAGAAGCCUUUAUCCUGGAGAUGUUCAGGCACUCUUCCUUCCUGCCCUUCACUAUCCCGCACUGUACAACAAAAGACACCGUUUUGAAUGGCUACUACAUCCCAAAGGACUGCUGUGUAUUUAUCAACCAGUGGCAAGUGAAUCAUGAUGAGUACGCGGCCGGUACUAAAAUAGACCGGAACGAGGCUGACAAAGUGAUGACUUUUGGCCUGGGGAAGAGGCGAUGCAUCGGGGAGUCCAUUGGCCGGUUGGAGGUCUUCCUUUUCCUGGCGACCUUGCUUCAGCAGCUGGAGUUCAGCCUCUGCGCCGGGGAGGAGGUGGACAUCACUCCUCAGUACGGCCUGACAAUGAAGUACAAGAAGUGCAAGCACUUCCAGAUUAAGAAGCGCUUCCCGGUGAAGAGCUCUCCAUAAGCUGCGGAGCCCUGGGAGGAAGUACCACUUUGCGAAAUAAAGCCAGCCUUUUGAGCCAGACACUGGGACUGCUUUAGCUAACGCUCUCUAGAAGGAGCUGCUCCCCAGCCAGCACAGCCGGUCACUGGGCCGCCUCACUGGGGGCUCGUUCAUCUCUCAUGUAAAUGCGAGCGAGCGCACAGGGACGGAUAAAGACGGCCUUGUUGGGCUCAGUGCGCCUCGAGGAACGUGCUUGCUCCUCGCAUCCCUGUUAGCCUGGAGGAGAGCAGAGCAGAGAUUCGUCGGGCCGAUUUCUCAGAACGUCUUUGCAACUUGCUUGCGAGAGGGCAUGUCACACCUCCUUGUGAAGGGCCCUCUGGCAUGUAAGGGCAGCACAGGCUUCUGCCCAGGUGAGCGGCAGCUGGGGCGUUGCUGGCUGGCUAAACCCACCCCUUGCCCAUGAAGUAUCUCAAGCGUAGCCAUUUGGAGUGCACGGUCAUACAGCUAAAUGUCGUGAAUAUAAAUUCAUGAAAUGCACCAACCCUUAGUGACAGUCUGACUACUAGCAAAUAUAUAUAUAUAUAUAUAUAUAUGUUAUACACACACACAUACAUCUAGCUGUUCACAAAUCUGAGAUGUUAUUAACUCAACUCUCAACAAUAAGCCUCCUGGAAAAAAAUCAAAAGAAUGAGGAAAAAGGGACAAAAACCAACAAGGGAGACAGUAAAAUGCUUCUUGCUUUUGGACUAUGCAUUGUUGCUAUUUUAACUCCUCUUUUACUUAUUUGCAAAAAAAAAAAAAGAUUUAUAUAUUCAGACUAAUACAAAGAGUAGGGCUUUAAAGACGGCAGGAGCUACUCUGCCCUGCUUUUCAAUCUGCUCAGCUCGUGUGAGGACAAAUUAUAACGGCAAAUGGAACAGCAGUUCCUGCCUGUUUUUGCCUUUUUUUUUUUUUCCCUGCGAUCUGUAUGGGAUGCAUCUGUAUGCCGAAAUGUUAUCUGCAUUGCACAAUGUUUCUAACCAAUAAAUACUAACGGGCAAGUUU